UUUGAAGAUUUUGUUUCGGAGGAAUAUCAUCAAGACGAAACCAACCAAAAUCAUAAUAAUGAUUUUGUCUCGGAGGAAUAUCAUCAAGACGAAACCAACCAAGCUCAUAAUAAUGAUUUUUUCUCGGAUGGAUAUCAUCAAGGCGAAACCAACCAAGCUCAUAAUAAUUAUUUUUUCUUGGAGGGAUAUCAUCAAGACGAAACCAAUAAUAAUCGUUUUUUCUUGGAGGGAUAUCAUCAAAACGAAUCCGACCAAAAUCCUAAUAAUCACCUUGAAAAUGUUUUUGCGAAUGAAUUUUUUGGUGCUGAUAUUCUGAUCGCUGCUGCGUCUGCUGCUCCGUUUGGACGAGAGACAAAUUUGAGCGAAGAGUAUAUUUCACAAAACGCCAAGAUUGAAGAGCUCGAUGAUUCAAGCAAAUUAAAUGGCAAUGACAAUGACAAUGUUCAGACUUUCAUUGGGCAUAAUAAAAAGUUUGCUCAUCUUAAAAAAACAAUUUUUAUACAUUAUAAAAAUGGACAUUGUAAACACGGAAAUAAAUGCAGGUAUAUACACGAAAGGUCCGGGAAAGAAUCUCAGUCCAAACACGAAGCAAAAUCACAACAAUCCGGAAAUCUACUGCGAAUGCUUAUCGAAAAAGAAAUUCAAAAAGAGCGAAAUAUCCUUUUGCAAAGCAUUCGGUAUAUAGUAGAUAAAAAUUUCUUUCAGAUUGUGAGUAACGACUCGCUAGAAGCCGCAAAGAGACGAAAAGGUCCAGCUAUUGAAGAGUUGCAAAAUGACUGA